GGUAAAGCAUGUUUCUAAAGCGCGGUGGAUAAAUGAAUGGUGCCUCAGCGAGAGCGGCUGUUUAAGUUAUUGUGCUUUAAUUGUGGAGUCAUUUUUAUUUACAUAAAGUGCAUCGACUGUGGUUAAGGUUUUGUCUGAAAAACAGAAGUCGCCGUAGUUGGACCUUUAAUUUGCAAAAACAUGGCUGGGAUUCUGUUUGAGGAUAUUUUUGAUGUAAAAGAUAUUGAUCCUGAUGGGAAGAAAUUCGACAGAGUGUCUCGUCUUCACUGUGAGAGUGAGUCGUUUAAAAUGGACCUGAUCCUGGACGUGAACACUCAGAUUUAUCCCGUCGACCUGGGAGAUAAGUUCAGGCUGGUGAUCGCCAGCACGCUGUAUGAGGACGGCACUCCAGAUGACGGCGAGUACAACCCCACAGACGACCGACCAUCCAGGGCGGAUCAGUUUGACUAUGUUAUGUACGGUAAAGCGUAUAAGAUCGAGGGAGACGAGACGUCGACAGAGGCAGCGACACGGCUCUCUGCGUACGUGUCAUACGGAGGCCUGCUGAUGCGACUUCAGGGUGAUGCCAAUAACCUGCAUGGAUUUGAGGUGGACUCCAGAGUUUACCUGCUCAUGAAGAAACUUGCCUUCUGACACAGCUGUGUGUGUGUUGAUUUGUUGUGCUGAUGGUGACAGUUUGAGGGAAAUGCAACGUGAAGAAAAGCACAACGUGACUAUAAUGUAAAUAAACGCUUUUAUAUGUAUUUA